GUGGCCAAAGGGCAGGGCCAAGAAAUAGAACUGGUCGAGACCGGAACAAGCAGCGUACCGCAUUUUCCUCGAACAAUAUAUCUCCCUCCUUCUCCAGAAUCCACAGAUGCUUCUGGACCAAAUACCGGCGCCAACGCGGGUAACGUCGAAAACCAGGAACAAUACACAUUGGUCGGACUCGGGAUCAGGACCGUCUCCUUCCUCAGCAUCCAAGUCUACGUCGUCGGAAUGUACAUCCGCACAAACGACAUCACAACACUCCAAGAGAAGCUGAUCCGCAACAUCAACGAAAGCGCCUCAACCCUCAUCCCCUCAGAGAAAGACGAACUCCGCAAACGCCUCACCGACCCAGCAUCCAGCCGCGAACUCUGGACCGAACUCCUCAAAACCCCCGGCCUCAAAACCGCCUGGCGCAUCUCUCCCACCCGAAACACAGAUUUCGGCCACCUCCGUGACGGCUGGAUCACAGGCAUAACAAACCGAACCCGAGAAUUCAAACAACUCGCCCAGGGCGCAGAGACGGAAUUCGAAGCCGAAGAUUUCGGCAAAAGUGUCGGCGACUUUCAACGGAUUUUCGCGGGUGGCAAGGCUCCCAAAGGUUCGAAUCUCAUAUUAUCGAGAGAUGUGAAUGGAGAGUUGGAUGUUUGGUUUCAGGAGAAACCUGCGAGCACUGCUGGGGAGGAAAGGUUGAUGCGGCAUUUGGGGAGGGUGGAGGAUGAGAGGGUUUCGAAGUUGAUUUGGUUGGGGUAUCUUGGUGGGGAGAAGGUUAGUUCUGAGGCGGCGAGGAAGGGGGUGGCGGAGGGUUGUGUGCUGUUUGCGGCGAGGCCGAUUGGGAGUGUU